AUGUCAGACAAGAUUGAUAAUCUGCGUUGCUUCUCUCAACCGCUUAUCCAUUUAAAUGGGACAAACAACGUGACGCCAGUAUCACUGCCAACUCUCAGUUUAUUAAACGACUAUUCCCGAAACAGUGUUAACUUCGAUAAAGUUCAUCUUUCUCUUAGCGUAUUAAGAUUGGACCCUGCAGACCGCGCAGUAAUAAAAAUCGCAGAUGAACGUGAUGCAAUACAAAAGAAAGCCUUCACCAAUUGGGUUAAUCAACAUUUGGUUAAGCGUAAUUGUUGGGUUCAAGAUUUAUUUUUGGAUUUACGUAAUGGUUACUUACUAGUACGUUUAUUGGAGUGUUUAACGAAUGAAGUAUUGGGGCUUGAAUACAUUGAAAGUCGUGUCCAUUGGAUACAAAAUAUUCAACGUGUAUUAGAUUUUCUUCGAUAUCGUGGGAUUCGCAUAGUAAAUAUUCGUGCAGAUGAAAUCGUCGAUGGUAAUCCCAAGUUAACAUUAGGCCUUAUUUGGAUUAUAAUUUUACAUUUUCAAUUGGCGGAAUUGAUUGAAAAUCAGACAAAAUUACAAUCGGAUCUUCGUGUUAAUUUAUCCAUGGAUAAUGCGGCUAAACAAACAUUACUUAGUUGGUGUCGAGCAGUCACAGCAAAUUAUCCAGGUGUAUAUAUAAAAGACUUUACUGAAUCGUGGAAAGAUGGUCGCGCUUUCCUUGCCUUGAUUCAUCGUUAUAGACCGGAUUUAAUUGAUUUUCGUCAAGUUGAUCGUCAAUCUGCCCGUGAAAAUCUUGAUUUAACAUUUGACUUAGCUGAACGUGAACUUGAAGUUACUCGUUUAUUUGAUUCAGAUGAUAUUGCAAAAACAACUGAUGAACGAUCGAUUAUAACUUAUGUAGCCUCAAUUUAUGAUAAACUAGUAUGUAAUUCAUCAAAACAUUCAUUAUAUCCAGUACCAAUUGUACCACCUAUGCCUUCUUUAUAUCAUCAUGAUCAAAAUUCUACUAGUAGACCAAUUGAUUCAACUUUUCAACUUCUUAGUGCUUCUAAUCAACUUUCAGAUGAAUUAAAAUCACUUUGGUCAGAUUAUCGUAUUUUAGGUAGUGAUCUAAUACAAUGGUUACGAUCAACUACUGAUCGUAUGGCUAAUCGUCAUUUUCCAUCAGAUUUAAAAUCAAUGCAAGAACGUGUUAUGGAUGAAAUACGACGGCAUAGACGUGAUGAACGACCAAGAAGAGAAAGAGAACGUCAACAAUUAGUUCGUAUGUAUGAAGAAUUAAAGCCAUCUUUUGAACGUGGUUUACUACCAAUUGAUUUAUUCCUUCGAAUUGAACAAAUUCACCGAUUAUGGGAUGAAUAUGAUAUUGCUUUACAAGAACGUGAACUGGCUGCAAGGAAUGAGACUCAUCGUUUAGAUCGUUUACAAUGGGCUGGUAAUCGAGCUCUACGUGAUUGCAUUCAAGUCCAAGCACAGUUGACUGCCUUAGAACGGCGAGUUGUUGAGUUGAAAUCUGAACUACCUGGUCAGCAUAUAUUCGAUACUAAUAAUGAAAUAAGACGUUGGUGUGAUCAACUAACUCAAAUUGAAGCUAAAAUCAAUGGAUUAUUCAAUCAAGUACAACAUUUACGCACUGGACGAUAUAUGCAAACAGAACAAAUUUAUAGAAAUGUUUGUACAUUACACCAGAAAUUCUUAGAUCUUCAACGUUUAUAUCGAGAAUUUACAUCUUCUUCAACGGUAUUAUCACCACACAGUGUCGUCUCUAGUUCUGUUUGUUCAACAUCUAUGACCAUGUCGAGUCACUCUACAUUCACAUCUCUUAAAAAUGGUACCAUUUUGGGAAACACUCACCUUAUUCAAGGUAAAUUAAUUAGUCCAAUUGAACAAUGCUUACAAUGGAUUAUGGAACAUUCUCACACUGUACAAACUGCAUCCUAUGGAGCAAAUCGAAAAUCCGUAGAAGAAGCUACUAGGCGUCAUGAACAAUUUCAUCGAGAAGUGUUGAACUUUAAGAACGAAAUCGAUCGAUGCAAAGCUAAUCAACAAAAGCUUCCGACACGAUCAAAAGAAGAGAAACAAGUUCUUAAUGAAUCACUUCAAAUACUUGAACAAAAUUAUCAACAAUUAAUGGAAGCUUCAUUGAAACGUCGAAAUAUGUCGAAGUCAUUAUUGGAAUUUGUAGAACGUGCCCAUAAUGAAUUAAUUUGGCUAAGGGAACAUGAAUCAUUCGAGGUGACUCGAGAUUGGACUGAAAUUUAUCAUAAUGAACUAGAUCGUAUUCGAAUUGAUUUUCAAAAACUUAUGCAUGAGAUACAUGAAAAAGAAAUUGUCUACAGUGAACUCAGUGUAUUAGGCUCAUCUAUCCAAUUGGAAAAUUAUGAUGUAACUGAUCUUGUACAGACUUAUCUAAAUGCUUUGGAACGUCAUUGGGCUUGGUUAUUACAAUUAACUUAUUGUUUUGAAGCACAUAUUGAACAGAGUGCACGAUUUCAAAGUUUUUUCAAUGAUGUUGAACAAUGUGAAUUAUUACUAACUACAUCAUUAGAAGAAUUACGUUGUCUUUAUGAAUCAACGUUAAAUGCAACAACAACUGAACAAGGUGAAACUCUUCUCAAACAAUUACAAGAACUUCAUACUCGUGUAAUUGGUCAAGAGUCAUUUAUAUUUCAAUUAGUAGACAUAAGUCAAGAAAUUAUCCCACCAAUACCAAGUCACGUGGAUGCACGAGACAGUUCAACAACUUUGAUUGGUCGACGUAUACGUGUUCUAUGCUCAUUCCAACCGAAAGAUUAUUUCUCCGAUAAUCAAUCCUAUUCCGGUGAUGUAUCAAUCGUUAAUUCCGCUAAUACAAGUCAUUUAUCAAUUGCAAACGCAAGUAUUAGUAGUAUUAUAGAGCCAAUAUUUUGGCCAGUCGGCAACAAUACAGGUUAUUUUGAUAAAGGUGAUUUUUUCAUAAUAUUGGAAAAUCCAGAAAAUCAUAAGCUUCAGGUUCGUACAGCUAAUGGAUCUACACUAACUGUUCCCUUGACAUGUUUUCUGCCUUGUUGGCCUAGUAGCGAAGCGAUGGAUCGAGCUAAACGUAUUAUUACAACUUUACAACAUUUUAAAACAUGUUGGUCUGAAUUGAAUUUACGAAUACAUGGACAUUUAUUAACUGUAACAAUGUCUAAAUUUAUUGAUGGUACACCUCUUCAGUAUAAUAUUCCACAACAAAUGGAUAUACGAAAAGUAAUUUAUCGUGAUGCUGAACGUUAUUGUUUAGAAUUGCAACUAGCUAAUGUACCAGAGACAGAAGUGGAGAAAUUUAAGCAACGUUUUCUAGAUUUUCAAAAUAGUUGCAUUAAACAGGUGAAUGGUGUUCAAACUACUGAUGACAAGACUGGUAAUGAAGGUUUAUUGACCAAAUCAUCAGAAAUUUAUUCAAUUAUCGAUGAACUGAGAACAGUGUUGAGUACGUUGACAGUACGUCUUAGGGAGUCGAAUUCAAUACCCUUACCAGGUAGAUCAAUAGAUAUGGAAGUUCGUAUUAAAGAUCACAAGGAAUGGUCUCAUGCUUUAGCUCGUGUUCGUGCUCAAUGUACAGGAUUAGAAGAACAUAUCAAUAGUCAGUUACAGUCACGAUCAUUGAAUGAACAAGAUACACUGUUGAGUACAAGUCUUUAUGCUCUACAUAGAGCAGCUAGUGAACUAGCACUAACUGGUCAUGAAUUUUCUUGUCGAUUAGCUGAUGCUGACGCAUGGAUCGCCCGUUUAGAACAAACUGAUCAAAUAUUAACGGAUUGUGAAUUAUGUCUACUAGGUUGUGCAGUACGUGUACAUGGUCUAUUACAACUUGAUGAUUUGAAUAGUUCAACUGAUCCAGAUGGUCUUCGUGUUACAGUGGUGGAAAGAGCUCAUCGAGAUUUAAAGUCGGUAGCUGAGCGUCUUCCUCAAAUUCGAACUGAUCUAGAUUUACUUAGUCAACAAUUAACUAGAUUUAUGGUUUCCAAUGAGGCAUUUAAUGAAACACUCCAGUAUGAUACUGCUAACUUAUGUGAAAAUUCAAACCUGUUAAAGAUGCAUUUAUCACCUUGUACUGAUAAUCAUUAUUUAGAAUCAAAUCUUGCUUGUUCUGAACAUCGUCUAGCUGAAGCAACUAAAGAAGUUGAACAAGAACUCAAAUCAUUUGGUGAAUCACUGAUCUGUUUCUCAAACUAUCAAAAGUUAUCCAGUCAACUUAUUGUGUGGUCAAAUGAAUUCUCUUCUCGUAUGCGAUUAUUUGGUGAAAUGACUCAGUCUUUAGGAUUAAAAUCAUCCGAUACAAAUAUGAUUACUGUACAAAACCCUAGUUUAUUAAAAGAAAUUCUUAAACAGUCUGAUGAUUUACUAACAGAUUUGCAAGUUAAUUCAGAUGUUAUGGAACAAUUGAAUAAAGAAGUAGCUCAUUUAAUAUCUUCAUUAACUAAUUAUGCGCAACAUACUCAAAAUUAUCGUGAAUUAGUUGAGAGUGUGUUUCAGAAAGCUGGUGGUUCACGAGAUUAUCAAUGGUCACCAGGAUAUGGUUUAUUCGAUAUGGGUAGAGUAUUACAAACAACUGAUCAGCUGAAUGAACAAUUUAAUACACAUUCUCGUCGUAUAUAUGAUAUAGUGAAUUGUUUAAAUCGGCUUCUGCGAUCCGAAGAACCUAUCUCUAUGAAUUUAUCUGGUCCAAUUUUUGUAAAGCCUUAUCGUGAACUCUACGUAGGCAAAUGGCCAAAUGAAUUAAACAAUUGUUUAAAGGAAACUCAAUCGUCUUUUUCUCCCUUGGUAUCACGAUCAAAGUAUCAAGAAAAUGGAAAAGACCACACAUUACCAUUAAAAGUUGCAAAUAAUUCAAAAGAUAAAAACCAUUCAGAUUUAUCGUAUUUUAAUCAACUAAUCGGGGAAAAGGGACUCAAAUAUAGUGUAUAUCUUAAUGAUGUGCGAAGUCAACCGGUGUGUUUACUCCCAACUGGUUGGGAAGCAGCUACAUUGACUACAAUAUCCAAAGCACGUGAAUUAUAUGGACCAAAAAUUUUUCCAACUACUGGUGCAUGGUUUGUGACUAAUUUAGCUGGUGAGAAUGAAACAUAUGGACUCGGUGAAACUAUUUGCUUAGGAGAUGCACUACGAUGUGGAUUAAUUGAUUUAGUUGGGCAUAACUGUCAUCAAAAUCGAAGUUCACUUGCCAUUUCCUGGUCUGAAGCUAUUGAUCGUGGCUGGUUAACUGCCUAUACUAUUCAGGCUUUAAAUAGAAAUAUAAAAAUUGGUGAUUAUAGUGCAUCUGUAACAGAUUUUCUGACUAGUCCUUCGCGUAACCCUGUCGAUCGUCAUAUCGACCCAAAGACUGGUGUAGUCAUGCCAUAUGGCAAAAAAAUUAUUGAUUUAUACUCAGAUGGAUUCAUAAAUGAGGCAGAUUUUCAUCAUUUAGCUUCUAUUCUAUCUAGUGGCAUGUGUGUAGAAUUUCGAGAUUGUCACUUGACAUGGUAUGAAGCUUUAAGCAUUGGUCAAGCAGAUAUAUCUUGGAAACCUUGUCUAUCUGAUUGGUUAGCUGCUGGUGCGUACAAUCCAAAUACACGACGUUUACGUGUCAGUUUACUAAAGUCUGGAAAAGUUAAUAGCAAAAGUAAAGCCUCGAAUAAUUCAUUAGUGUUUACUGAAAAUGAGUUAACAAUCAGAGAUGCAAUUAAAAAUGGACUUUUAGACAAUACUGUCCCAGAAGUCAUUCUACCUGUUGAAAACCAGGUGGGUGACUACCAUGCUACCUCUUAUAGACGUGUCAGUCUGUCUGAAGCUGUUCAAAUAGGUCUUGUUGAUGAUGUAUCUGGUUAUUGGCUCGGAUCAAGUUCAUCUUCUAGUCGAACGAAGGUUGGUGUGGAAGUGGCUCAAGCUGCUGGCUUAUUAACUAAAGCUCCUUGUCUAGCUGAAAUUGUUUUAUCUGGUCUAAUAUCGUUUACUGCUCCGAACAUGAGUGAAAAACAUCCUAGAAACAAUGUGGGUAUUCUUGAUGCCCACACUGGUCAAUACGUAUUGUUUCCAGAAGCAAUUAAACGUGGAAUGAUAGUUGGAAAUCAACCAGCCAUAAUUCUUAUGCAAUCCCAUCCCAAUCAAGUAUUGACUUUAAUCGAAGCUCUGAAUACAAACUUAAUCACUCCGUCCGGAUUUAUAAUUUUGGAAAAUAAACCUAUGAAUUUGUGGGAUGCAGUUAACAAUAAUUAUAUUCGACUUAUAUAUACUAAAUCGUAUCCGCCGCCUGUAGGUUUAUUACUGGCUGCUAAGGAAUCAAAUCAGACGCAUUGUCAACAUCCUAUAUUACAAGCUAUUCUUACAGGACUAAUUGAUUCAUCGAAAGAGGAGAUUAUUCUUUCUAGCACAGACCCACGUCAACACGGUACAAGCUCUUCGCAACAACGUAUCUCUUUAAGAAAAUCAGCUAAGCAUUCAGGAUUGUGUGACUUACACUCUAUACAGUUAUUAACUCAUGGAUGUGGAUUAUUCAAUGAAGAUGGUCGUGAGCUAACUGGUUUGGAAGCACUUAACUCUGGUUGGUUAAAACCAUGUGAAGAUUUUCAAUUAGGUUCAACUAUAACAUAUGGACAAAUAACAGAUCCUGUUAGUGGGUCGUCUAUAAUAUUGUCGCCAAAUAUGAAGACAAUGAAAAAUAUUGAUAUAUCACCAGUUGGGGCUCAAUUACUGUUAGGCUUAUCUAUCAAUCGUCCUUCUUUGGCUUAUUUAAUUAAUCAACGUUUUAUAACACGUUUAGCAUGGCUUGGUCCAGGUUUACAUAAUGAUAAUUUAAUAAAUAAAACACUGAAUGAUUCAUGGUUCACACAUAGCUGUCGGUCUGAUGAUAUAUUAGCUGUUAUAGAUCCAAUUAGUAGACGUAAGAUCACACAAUCAGAAGCGAUUCGCCGUCAUCUACUGGACAUGGAGACUGGUACAUUUCGAGAUCCUGUUCAUAAUCAAAUCUAUCCAAUUAGUGAAGCAAUAGAAAAAGGACAUAUUUUAGUGAAAGAAAAAUCUCUUAUGGGUAACACGUCAUCCGUACCUCACUCACUUCAUUCAGAAGUAAAUGAAUCAGUCGAAAUGGUUUCUGUCAAGGAGACUCGUCUAUAUAAGAUUUUAAAUGUUCUGGACCCUCGUACCGGCACUCGGAUUGAUCCAAACGAAGCUGCUAAGAAAGGUCUUAUCAAUUUGGAAUCUUUCACAUACCAUGGGGUACAACCAAGUAUUCCAAUUGAAUCAGCACAACAAUUAGGUUAUAUAUCAAUUUACGGCAAUAAUUAUGAAGCCUCUCAUGAUAGUCUUAUGGUAGAUUCUACAGAUAAGUUAUCAUAUACUUUAGCUCAAUUAUUUAAUAAUGGUCAACUAGUUAAACAGUCCGGAUCGAAAUGUGUUAUCAAAGUCCCAGGAUACACAGAUCCAAUGUCUUUAAAUGCAGCUAUUACAUUGGGUUUAGUUAAUGUUGAACAUUCAAUAGUGAAAGAAUUUAACACAGAAAAAUUGUAUUCAUUGGAUAAAGCUAUUUUAGUUGGUUUAAUAAAUGAUCAUAAAGGUCUUUUAUUGUAUAAAAAUAAAUGGAUUCCAUUGACUGAUGCUAUAAAUCGAGGUUUGAUAGCUGAUAAAAAAUUACCAACAGAAAUACCGACUUUUGAAGAAGCUCUCGAGAAAGGAUUAAUUGAUCCAGCCUCAAAUACUUUUCAUCAAUCAGACAACAAUAGUAAUUCUAAUCGGUCGUAUUCUAUAAAUGUUCAUGAUGCUAUUAAACAAGGAUUAUUGAAACCUCCGGCUACUGAAACUUUUGGAAAUCUCAAUAGUUUACCAAAUAAAGGAUAUACUCAUAGUAUGGAUUCCUUAUUAGCUAUUAAAAGACGAAGUGCAAAAGAUUCCAAUUAUACUGCUGAACUACGCAAUAACACAUUACCUCCUAUCAUACCAUCUGGCCAUUUAUUAAGUAAUGGAAACGAUUUUAUUGCUAACAGUGGUCGUACUGAAUCAAAAUUGAUCAAAUUCUUAGAUUGUCAUGGUGUUGGACGACUACGUGGUAAAUCAUCUCAUUGUAAUUUACGCUCAAAAUCUACAGUAAACGAUGGAGAUGAAUAUACUAUUCGUAAAAAACCUAGAGUAAAAAGUUGUGAUAUACCUAAACUGAAAGAACGUAACUGUGUACUUUAUGCUUUCUAUUACGUACAUGAUGAUGUACGUGUUGAAGCCUCUAUCACCGAUACAAUGGUUCGUGAAGGUCGUGUUGACGUGCAUAGAAAAACUAUUUGUGAUCCAAUCAGUGGACAAUUCUACCCUAUUCCAGAAGCAUUAACAAAAGGUUUUGUUUUCGGCAUUGUUUUUACUCAAGCUGAACAACAUUCGGAAAAUGAUCAGCGAACAUCUAAUUUUUUAUAUUGGUUGGAAGUAUUUCAUUAUCGCCAUGAUAUAUAUCGCUUAGAAAGAGUGUUUGAUCCUUAUUUGAAUAGUUUAGUUUCAGUAUCUGAUGCAAUUGGGACUGGUAUUAUUGAUCCUAUCCAUUGUUCAUAUACUCAUCCGGUAAGCGGAAAUUUAUAUUCAAUCGAAGAAGCUUUGUAUCAAGGUUGGAUACAAGCAUUGCCUGUUGGUAAUCCACCACCAUUUGAUUUAAUCGGCAGUUCAUUUGAUCACGUUCAUGUACGUACAGUUGAAGAAACUACCACUUUUACAAGAUCUGUACAUACUAUACUUCGUAGUAAACAACUUCAAAAUAAUAUAAAUAAAGAAAUCUGUUCACCUGAUCAAAAAUCUAUGCAUAUUUCACCACAGACGACAUUAAAUGUACAACGUCAAAUACAAUGUAAAACACCACCAAGUUAUCGACCUAAUCAUCGGAUACUGACAGAUUCUUCUAUUAGAUAUAAACUGAAAUCAGACAAUCAGAUUACACCAUCUGAAAUUAAUCACAAUAUAAAAAGUGAGAAAUCUGAAGUUUCGACAUAUUCACAUCCUAAUGAACAACACUAUAGUGAUCGUAAACAAGAGGUGAAUAAAACUGCUAAGAAUACACAUUUUAGGAAUUCUUUAGGUUUACCGCUGAAAUCACCAGUUCAUCCUCUUCAACCUGUCCGUCUAGUCGACAGUACUACACUACCAGCUAUUAGUUUAUCAUUAGUAAGAUAUCAGUAUCCUGAUCCUACACCUAAAAUUACUUCAAAUUCAUCGGCAAAAUAUACACCACGGUAUAUUCUUCUUGAAACUGCUUUUCAAAGAGGAUGGAUAGAUACUGAACACGGUUUACUAAGAACACAAUGUGGAAGAACUAGUACAGUUAAUUUAUUAGAAGCUGUAGAAAAAGCGUUAAUUGAUCCUAAUCAAUUGCUUGUAUGUGUUCAGCACUAUAAUGAAGAUAAUUUGAAAGAACAUCCCGUGUACGGUGAUCAAGAAAUACCUAUUUAUUAUAGUUUAGCAACUAUACUUGAUACAGCAACAUUGAUAAUGCAAACAGAAACGACAGAGUCUUUACAUGAACACUGGAGAUCAAAUCUCUUGAAACUACUAAUUAGAACAGGAAUAUGUUCACCAGGUGUUCAAGGGAGAAUGAACGUCAGAAUCGAAAAACGAUUAAGCGAAAGCGAUAAAGAGAUCAUUCGAAAAAAUGUGUUACAGAAAAACAUAAUAUGGCGAAAUGAAAAUGAAAAAACUGGACAGUAUGAAACAAGUAAAAAGAUCAAAUUAUCGGACAGCAAACAAACAAUGAAUAUAAACAUCGGAAACAAUGAGAGGACGAACGAAAAUACAAAAGAAAAAACACGUCCAAUAACAGUAAAAAUUGAAACAGGCAUGACAUAUCAUAAAAUAUUUCAAACAAAACAAAACCAAAAAUAUAAAAAAUACGAACCAGAUAUACAAUAUACAGAAAAUAUCGAAACAAACGAAACAAAAUAUAAACACACACACCGUGAAUUCCCGCACGAAACACAUACACAAGUAAUAACAGUAGGAUCGACGAGCGUAUCCGAGUUGUUGUCGGACAUGACAGAGAGACGAGGUGUGGACAGUGGUUUGGAUUCGGACAUGCUGUCGUCAGAUGGUGUUAGGUAUGGAGAAGUGUCUGUUGUGCCUGACCAGCGUGGACUUCAGUUACGUGAGGCGAUUGAAGCGGGUCUUGUUGACACAAAGUCUGGACUAGUUCGUGAUCCGUCUAGUGGCGAGGUGUUGACGUUGUCACAGGCUGUGAACAGUGGUCUUAUAUCGGGUGAGCGGUCGUUGGUUCGCGAUCCUAGUUCCGGACGUCUCGAGAGUCUUGGUAGAAUGAUGUUGACAGGUUUGUUGGCGCCUGUAGGUUUGAUUGCUCUGGCGAUGGAGUCGACGUCCUCGAGACCAGGAGAUGUGGUGUGUGAGUUGACGAGUGCUUCGGAGCCAGUUGUAGAUGUUGGUGUGGGCAGGUUGUCUGAGUUGAGAUCUGUCAGUGGCACGGGUGAUUCAUUGUGUGUGGAUGAGGUUGGUGCAAGUGUGGCGGACUUGAAGAGCGAUCAACUGGAAUCAGUUUCUCGCUCAUCGGAUAUGUUUGUUACAGAUCUGAGAUUAAGUGAUACUGAUACAACUUCGUUUGAUUAUCCUCUCUCGUGGAAAUAUGGUUCCACUUCUGCUUGUUUGGUUUCUGAUCGUGAUACUAAUGAGAUUUAUUAUUAUUCUGCAGAAUCAGAAACUACAAGAAAGCUUAUAUCUCAGCUUUCCACUGCUUUGGACGAAGAAACAUCAUGGAUAACUGGUUUAGAAUUAAAACUUUUACAAAUGGGGAAUUUGACUUUAGACGAUAAUUUAAACCGCCACCUCCUGGAUGAUCACCAAGAAAUUUUAAAUAAAAUUCGUACUCGUCAAUCUUCAAGUCGAUCUGUAUUAUUUCAAGCUGAACAAGCUAUUGAAACUUUACGUCAUACUAACCAACCAGAAUCUAUCUGGAAACAAUUAGAAGUAAAAUGUCAAGAACUGCGAACACGUUUAGAAGAUCUACAAACUGAAGCUGAGGGUCGAGUUCGAAUUUUACUUCAUAGUUUAGAUUCAUUAGAACAUCUUACUUAUAAAUUACAAAGUCUUCGUAAUCUAUUAGAAAACCUAGAUUCUGUUUUACUUGUUAACACACCAUCCGUAAAUACUACUACUACAAUUGGAGAAAAUCAACUGUCAAAUAAACUAAAUACAAUUAAUCAUCCAGAUGAAAUAGAUUCAUGUAUUUUACGAAUAAAAGCAGCUUUAAGUGAAUCAAAUUCAUCGCAUAAUAACGUUAUUAGUACAUUGCCAAGUGUAAAACAAAAAUUCAUCGCAUCUGUUAAUCGUUACGCUGAUAGUAAGAAAACAUAUAAUAUCAAAUUGAAUCAUUUCACUGGCUUAAAUUGUAAACAAUAUGAAGAUAAAAUUCAAAGAAAUAAUAUAGAAUUAGAAGAUAGGAUAGAAUAUACAGUAAAAGAAGCAAAUAAUCGUCUUUUACAUUUAAUUGGUCGUUUAGAAAUUCAAUCAACAUAUCUUACAGAAAUUAAUAUUCUAUAUAAACAAUAUGAAAAACAUUUAUCUGAAUCAAUUCAUCAAUUAGAUAAAACUAAAUUACAAUUGAAUAUAAUACAAAAAAGUCUUCUUCGAUCUGAUGAAUUAAAUAUUUUAACAAUGAAUAAAAUUAAAAAACUUAGUCAAGAACGAUUAACUAAAUUAUAUACAUUACAAGGUGAUCUUAAUAAAACUGAAAAUGAUCUAAAAAAUCUGAAAUCUGUUGAAUUAGAUUUAAUUGAAAAGAAAUUUACUGAAGCUAAUCUAAUUACAAAUAAUUCAAUGAAUGCAAUGAAUCAACCAUUAGAUAAUGCUUUAAAUUAUCAAAAACAAUUAAUUGAUCAAUGUGAAAAAUUACAAAAACAAUUUAUGAAAUAUUUAUUAACCAAUCAAACAACACAAGAAUGUUUAAAUGAAUUUUUAAAUCAAACAAAUCGAAUUGGUGAUCAAUUAUCUAAUGAUUAUAUUGAUCAUAAAAUGGAUGAGAUUAAAAAACAAUCAAUUGAAUUUCCUUUAGAUAUGAAUAAAUUAAAUGAAAUUUUAGCACAAAUCAAUUCUAUCCAAUCAGCUUCACAAACAUUAAGAAAUCGUUUAAAUCAAACAAUAGAACAAAUUAAAACAAUUGAUCCUAAUAAAUUACGAUUAACACAAUCCGAAUUGAAACAAACUGAUAUUUUAGAUAAUCGACUUGAAACUUUGAAGGAUGAUGUUAUUUCACGAAUUUCACAAUUGGAUACAUUACAAAAUCAGUUGACACAGUAUGAUAGUGAUAUUAAUGAAUUUAAUAUAUGGCUUGAUGAAGUUGGAAAUCAGUUAAAUUGUCAAACAACUGCUCAUCUACCAGAAAACUAUUUGAAGCAUAAACUUCAGUCAAUUAAAAUGCUUAUACCAAAUCGUCAACUACAGUUAGAUAAUAUACAACAAUCUAUUAAUGCUUUAUUAACUAAACUUCCUGAAAGUGAUGAUCAUGGUAAAUUGAUGAAAGAAAAUAUGAAUAAAUUGAAUAAUCGUUGGUCACAAUUACUUCAUUUAAUAAAUACACGUGAAGAUGAUUUAAAAGCAAGAGAGUCAUUUAAUAAUUCCUAUGCACAAGCACGUAAUCAAGUGCAAGAAAUGUUGUUAACUGCCGAUGGACGUUUAACUACUUUAUCAUCACCUAUCACUUUAAAUUUGAAUUCGGUAAAACAACAAAUGGACAAAUUAAAUGAAUUAUAUUCACUCCGAGAGACAAUCAAACAACAUUUAGAUGAAGUGGACCAAUUAGGUUCUGCUUAUGAUACUUUAUUACAUACAUCAAGUGGAAUUGAUAAGAAUUUCGGACGUGGAACAACUUCAUCAAGUGAUGCUCAUAUUUCUGCUUCUUCAGCAGUACCACGUGUAUCCACUUCUGCUGCCUAUAAACAAUCAAAAGACAAUAAAUUAAUGAAUGUAUUAAGUCCAAUGGCUAGCAGUGGAUCAAGUGGCAUCUCCAGUGCCGAUCCUAUGUGUAAUCUACAUGAAAUUAAUGAAGUCAAUCGUGAAUUAGAUGAACUACACGAACGUUAUGAUCAAUUAGGUAAUUGUUUAAAUGAACGCCGAAAUGAAUUUAAAUCUUUGAUAAUAAAUUUAAAUAAUUUUGAAGAGAAACGUUUAGAAUUAAUAAAUUGGCUUGGUGAUUAUGUAAAAACAGUGAAUAAUGUUAAUAGAAAUAUUUCUACUGUACAAUCUGUAAAUCAAGCUGUUAAUGAAUUAAAAAAUUAUCGUACUCAGUUCAAUGAACAAAUACCAAAACUUGAAAUUGUUCGUCAAAGUUUUACACAAGUUUUACACAAUCGUGAUCAUAUGCCAGGUGCUGUAGAAUUAAGAAAUUCAAUGCAUUCUCUUGAACAACAGUGGAAUGAAGCAGUUGUAUUAAAUGAUAAAUCACAGCAAGAUUUAAACAAGUUACAACAUGAUUUAAACGAAUUCCAUAAACUUGAUAUUGAUCUCACACGAAAACUACAACAAAAAGCGAAUCGAAUACACAAUGUACAUGACAAAUGCCUUGCAGAUAAUACCAUGGGAAGUGAAAGUCAUCUGAAUCAAAUUUCAACACUUCGUCAAGAAUUGGACAGUGUUGUUCCAGAAUUAAAUAAAUUUAAUCAUUUAGUACAAAAUUUCAAAAAUUUAAUUCCUGAAUCUUUAAUAAAUCAAUUAGACUUCAAUUCUACAAAUGAACGUGUUCGAAAUGAUUUCAAUCAAUUAGUAAACGAAUUGUCAAAAUGGGAAAGUGAAACAAUGAGUAAAAUUGAACCUAAAACUAAUUAUGAACAAUUAGUGCAACAAUUAGAUUCACAAUUGAAAACAAUUAAAACAAAAAUGGAGUGCAGUCCAGUGAAAGAACCUAUUGAGAAAACAAAUAAUUUGAAUGAGAUAAAUAAGAAAAUUGAAGAAAUAAAACCAGUUUUAGAAAAAGCUGAACAAUUAUGUACACAGUUAUGUGAACAUUCUAUAAAUCCAACAGAUCAGUGUAAUAUGAAAGCGAAACUUUUAGACCUUCAACAUUCAUAUGAUCAAUUAAUAAAUGAAUAUCAUAAACGUGAAAAUGGGAAGACUGAACAUUCACCAUCAUUGCCCAGCAAAUCUGAAUUGAGUCCAAUAAAUAAACUAGAUGAAUUAAAUCAAUGGUUAUCGGUGAAGAAUAAACAAUUACAGAAUAUAUCUCAUGAUCUGUUAAGUUCCAGUGUAUCACAUACAAAUAUACCAGAGACAAAGCAAAUUGAAAGUGAUUUACAAAACUUAGAAUCUAUGUCAGAAGAAUUAAAAGUUAAACAAAGAGAAUUACAAGAUUUAAAAGAAAAUAAUAAGUUAAAUUCAUCGUCACUUCCAAUGGAUUCUAAAACUAUAGAUUUAUGCAUAAAUCAAAUGAAUUUAUUACAAAACGCUGUGACAGCACAACAGCACCAAUUAAAAUCAAGAACCAAUAAAGAAUUUCUCUUAUCUGACCAGUUGGAACAAUUAGAAGCAUGGAUAACGAAUGAAGCAAUUCAAUUACUUAAUGAACCUAUAGCAAUAAAUGGGGAGUAUUUAGAUGAAAAACCGAUUCCGCUAACAAAUCAACAACAAACAUUACAAAAUCGUAUACAAUCUAUUUAUAAUAAACAGAAAGAAUUAAAUUCAUUAAAAGAAAAAUUGAGUCAUAUUAAAACUUAUAAUGAUCAACCAAGUAUAUUAACAGAAGAUCAACAAAAUGAAUUACAGAUCAGUACAAAUGGUUUACAAAAUAAACUUAAUAAAUUGGAGAAUGAUGUAAAAUUAAAACUUUCUCAUAUUGAUGAUAUUCAAAAGGCUUAUUCAGCGGCACAAAAUUCACUGGAUACUUACAAACAUUCAUGUGAUGAUCUAGAGACUCGUUGGUUAAAUCUACAACAAGUUUUAUCUACUAUCGAAGUAAAAGAUCUCCUCAAAUCAUCAUCUUCAUCACCAAUAUCAUCAUCUCCACCAUCUUCACCAUCCAUUACAAAACCAUCAAAUCAAAUCAAACAAAUACGUGGUCAAAUGAUUGAAUUACAAAGUGAAUUAUUAGAAUUAACUAAUCAUUCACCAAAAUAUUUCGAUUCAAAGGAUCAUUCAUCUAAUAUCAGUUUAGUUCAUCAAUUAAAUCAAUUAGAAUUAUUAAUUCAAUCAUAUGGUGAUAAAAAAUCACAACAAUCAAUGCAAAAACUUUUUGAUGAAUUACAAUUAACAACGAAACGAUUAGAAACUAUUGAACAAGCAUUAGAAAUGAAUUUUGAAAUGUUUCAAGUGAAAGAUAUGGAUCCAUUUUCAAUACAUUUUAUUAAAAAAUUAAAUUAUAUUUAUAUGGAAUUACAAAAUAUUCAAUACAAUAUUAAUGAAAAUAAAAAAAUAAUUCAUUUAAAUUCAGAGACAACACAACAUAGAAUUGAAUAUUUUCAAGAAUUGUUAAAACAGCUUAAUGACUGCAAGCAAAAUGUGAAUGAUGGACGUUCUGAAUUAGCUGAUAAAAUGGUAUCAUUGCCAGAUGAAAGGAAACUUAGUCCAAUUUACUCAAAUUUCUUAACAACCCUGAAUCAAUAUGACACGCAGUGUAAUAAUAUGUCAAAACAAAUAGAUCAUAUUAUUAGCGCAUUAAAUAAUCGCGUUAAACAAACAGAACAAAUGGCAACACUUCGUCAAAAUAUUAAUAGUUCAUUGAAAAAAGUUAGAGAAUCUCGUCAACUACCUUUAAAUGAACAAUAUCUUCAAAACGAAUUAGAUGUAUUAGAUUCGAAUAUGAAAUCGUUGAAAGAACUAAGUGAAGAGCUGUGUAAAUCACCAAAUGAUUCAUCUGACAAACAGAUUAGUUCACAUCAAUUAGAAUAUGAAAUAAAAACAUUAGAGAAUGUAAUACAUGAAGAAUUAGCCAAUUCAAAAUCUGUUAUAUCACCUGAAAAACAAGCUGAACGACUGAUAUCACAUUUACGUGAUACUCUAGUUGAGGUUCAACAUGAUCUUCAUAUACUUUCAAAUCAAUUAUCAUCAUCAUCUAAUCAAGAAAUGAUUACAUCAAUAAUCGAUGAUUAUCAUACAUUAAAUAGUCGUAUAUUAGCAAGAUUAGAUCAUUUUGAACAAUUAGAUCAAUUAAUUCAAUCUAUACAAAAUAAAUUAAUUCAUAAUAGAUUAAAUAAUGAAAAACAAUUAAUUAAAAAUGAUUAUAAUUAUGUUUAUAAAGAAAUACAAUUUAAUUUAAAUAAAUUUCAUUUAUUUAAUGAAAAUGAAAAAUUAUUUAAUGAAAAAAUAUAUCAAAUAUUAAAUUGGUUAAAACAAAAACAAAUUUGUUUAAAUGAAUCAAUACAAAUAACGAAUACAACAAUAGGUAAUACAACAAUUUUAAUUGAUUUAAAUGAAAAAUUAAAACAAUUAAAAAGUUUAUCAGAAGACAUUGAAAAUUAUCACACAACUAUUGAAGAGAUUAAAUUAAGCGGUGAACACUUAUGUGAAUCAGGUAGAUUUCUUGUAAAUGAAGAUUCUAUACAAAAUCGAUUAGUAAAUCUAAGUGAUAUUUAUGAAGAACUUCAAUCAGAUACAAAACGAAAAUUGUUUAUUUUAGAAUCUGCUUUGCCUGUAGCGCAAUCUUUAACAUCCUCUGUGAAUACGCUUAGUUCACGUUUGCUUAAUGUUGAAUCACGGCUUAAUGGAUUACUAGAAAACAAUACAAAAGACGUCUCUUCAGCCCAAUUAGAAAAGUCAUUGAUAGAUCAAUUAGAAUAUGAAAUGAUCAAUGGACUAGAACCACAAUAUCAACAAGUUCAUAGUCUUUGGAAUCAAUUAAAACAAAUAUGUAAACCUAUUGAUCUGUUUAUUAAUCCUUCAACAUUGACAACAACACAAUUCCCUAAUCAUUCAGAUGCUAGACUUGGACAUGUAGAACAAAUCGAUAAUGAAUUAAGACGAUAUGAUGAAUUCAAUGAAAAGCUUACCGAUUUAGCUAAAAUUGUUGGUAGUAAUCGUCAAAAAGCUAAACAAUUAAUGCAUAAAUUAGAAAUCAAAUCACAAUGGUUAGAUUUAGCGUUGAAACGUUUUGAUCCGAAAAUAUCCACUGCACCAUCAUUAGAUUGGGAUAAUUAUUCUGAUGAAAAUCAUUUUAUAAUUAAUGAAUCAUUGGAAAAAAUGCCAACUAUACAUUCACUUGGUACUGAAUUUCCUUAUUUAGCUGUUCUACCAUAUCAACCUGUUAUGUUAGAUAAACUACAUGAAAGAAUAGAACAAUUUCAAGGGAAUUGGAAAAAAUAUCAAAUUGAUUUAACUCAAUUAUGCGAUCAAAUUCAUGAUAUAAUACAAUCAUCUGCAUUAUCAACAAGUUCUACUAAUCAGAAUAGUGCUAUAAAAUCAUCAUUAUCAUCAUCGCCUAUAAAAACAAACAAAUCUUUCGUACCAUUUACAACGGAUAAAUUUUAUCAUGAAUUAAGUGAUGCUGUGUCUAGUGUUUCAAAACAAAUGAUAACACUUGAUAAUCGGUUAAGUCAAACAGAAAUUAAAUUUGCUGAAGUUUAUCCAUUAGCUAAAUGUUUUACAACUGAUAUGUAUGAAUUUCAAAACUGGCUUCAACAUAUUGAAGAAGCAAAAAAUGAAAUCGCUGACAAUUUAUCAGAUUCCAGUGUUACAGUUGAUGAUUUAGGAGGUAAUCGUAAACGAAUUGAAAUGAUUAAGAAUUUAGAUGACGAGAUUGAACGUCAAAAAUCUGUAUUGGAUAGAAUUUUAAGAACAAGUGGACCAUUAUUAUCUUUAAUUGCUCCAAAUGAAGCUAAUACUGUUCGUUUACAAGUUAAACAAAUCUGUGAUCAUUAUGCUAAUUUACGUAAAUUGAUUAAAACUCGUGCAAUCAAGGCAGAAGCCAAUUUGAAACAAUCAGAUGAGUUUGUCGAGCAAUUAAAUUCAAUGUCAGACCUGUUUUCUGCUAUAUCAGAACAAGCUGUUAGACUAGGUGUUCCUCUGGAAGUAUCUGGUACAACUGUUAAACCGUCCAUAUUAUCUAACGUUCAAAAUGAAAGUUCAAAACAGUUACUUGACCAACAUCAUGCUUUAGAUAUGUUGGGCCGAAUACAUUCAAUGACAAGUGUUCAACCAGAUCAUUUACAAGAACAUAUUAGUGGAACAUCUGCUCUUAUGGAAGCAUUGGAAUGUCGUUUACCGGAAUUGGAAGCACUUACUAUUAGUAUUCGUGCUCAAUUGGAGUCGAAACCAACUGUCAAAGAGUCGACUACCACACGUGAACCAGGAACAGUUGAAUUAAUUGAAUCGGUUGAUUUAGAAGCAGUUUUGAAAAAUGCUGAAAAACUUCAAACAGAUUGGAUACAAUUACAUAACAAAUUAAAUUCACGUGUAAUUACACUACAAUCAGCUUACAAAACAUCAUCAGAACAAUUUUGGCCAAUUAUUUCAGAUCUAAGAAAUAGAUUAGAUAAAAUUAAAGAAUCAUUAAAUAUUAUCGGAUCAGGUUGUAGUUUAAAUGAUCCGUGUAUUCGACGUGAUCCACUUGAUUCAAAUAGUUAUAAAGAACAAUGUAAAGAUUUAUUUGAAUUAAGAGAAGAAUUGAAUGAUAUAAGUCAACAAUUGAAUGAAUCCUAUGAAGCUGGUCAGAAAUUGAUUAAUUUAAUUAAUGGACAAAUGACUGACAAUUCAAUACCAUCAUCGCUAUCACAAACAUCACUAAUGCCAACAAUAAUGACUGAUAGCUUUAGUUUAAGACGAGAUGAAGAACAAGCUAUACGUAAUGAAGUUGAUUAUGCUUUGCAUGGCUUAAAAGUAUCACAGGAACAUCUUGUUGAUAAAUGUGAAUGUUUAAUUAAACAACUCAAUGAACGUGAAUUAUGUGCCUCACAGUUUAAGUCUGAUUUAAUAAAUUUAAUAAAAUGGUUGACGGAGCAGGAAAGUGUAUGGGAUAAUUUUCAGCCUAUAUCAAAUAAUGUUGAUAUUGUUACGAAACAAUUAGAUGAAAUUGUUCAAUGGAAUGAUAAUUUAAUGAAUAAACAUUCCGAAGUUGAAGCAUUAAAUUGGUUAGCUGGAAAAUUGAUGUCUAAUACAGAUAAUGAACGUUUUACUUUGGAUGAUACAAGCGAUGACGGAACAUUUCCAGUACAAAAUACUACAUCAUUACAAUCUGAUCUAACUGUAGCUAAUCGACGAUGGGACAAUUUAUUAGAUUCCGGCAAUAGUAGACGUCAUCGUUUACAAACUGUUCUACUUGGUUUAGGUGAAUUUGAAAGUGCUAUUGAUGGAUUAAUUAAAUGGAUUGAUCAAAUGCAAACAGCUGUAGAUCAAAUACCUAUACGUCGGGCAAAUAUUCGAGGAUUAGAAGCUGAUUUAGCACGCAUUAAAGUAAUUCAUCACAAUAUUAACAGUCAUCAAUUAUCUGUUGUAAGAAUAGAAGAACAAGCAAGGAAAUUAGAACGUGCUGAUUGCAACAAAAUCGAUAAACCCUCUGGAGUAGAUACUGAUAAAGAUGUCAAAAGAAAAUCACAGACUUCAGAUUUUAAAACAUCAGAUAUCCGAGAUAAAAUUAUUCAAAUGAAUAAAGCAUGGGAACAUUUGAAACUGAGUGUACGCAAUAAACAAGCAGCAUUAGAAGAAGCAUUGAGUGAGACCUUUAAUUUUCAUGGUCAACUGGAUCAACUUAUACGUCGCACUCGACAGUUAAAAAGUCGAAUGCCCCCACCAGGUGCACGCAUUAUGGGUGGUUUACCAGAUAGUGCACGUGAACAGCUACGUCGCUUCAUGGAAGUUUAUGAUGAACUUGUAAAAAUUGGAUCAGAGCUUGAUGAACUGCGUCGAAAUUCAGCUGCAUUGUUAGUUAAUCAGUCAGCAGCAGAGUCAUGUAAUCAAUUAACUACUAAUCUUGAACGUUUCUCUGACCAUUAUGCUCAGUUGUUAAAACAUGCUCAAGAUAUUCGUGACCGUAUGGAAUUAGGUUUAAAACAAGUCGAAGAGUUACAUGAUCAUUUAUCACAAAUGAUGCAAUGGCUUACACAAAUGGAACGUACUAUACUACAACAGAAACCAGUCAGUCGUAUCGUAGCUCGCCUAUUUCAAUUAAUACGUGAUCACACUGAAUUACGUAAAGAAAUUACUGGACAUCGUGAUGCUUUAAUUAAUUUAGAUCGUUUAGCAAGUCAAAUACAAUGUCAAUCACAAAAACAAGAUGUAAUAUUGGUAAAAAAUCUUUUAUCUAGUAUUCAUACUAGAUGGGAGCAAUUAGUUUCACGUAGUGCAGAACGUACACGUCAACUUAACACUGGUCUGAAGGAGGCCAGUAACUUUCUGGAUAACUGGACAUCGUUAACAGAUUGGUUAAAGGAAAACUUAGCUUCAUUGGAGGAAGAUGGUGAUCGUGUCGCUACAAGACCUGAGAAAGUCGCUUAUCAAUUAGCAUUACAUCGUGAAUUACAGCGAGCAUUAAGCACACGUACUGUGGCUUAUGAUGGAGUGCGUCGUUACGCUAGACAACUACGUGAUAGAGCACCAGUAUGUGAUCAUGAUGAAUUAGAUGAUAUGGUCAGUGAAUUAAAGCAUUUAUGGCAAGCAGUGUGUACGAAAGCCUUAGCGAGACAACGCACUUUAGAACAAGCUCUCUUGGCAGCUGGUCUUUAUAAAGAAGCAUUGGAAGCUUUACUUGAUUGGUUGAAUAAGAUUGAACCACAAUUAGCUGAACAACAAACUGGAAACUAUGGUGAUGUGGAUAUUGUUGAGCAAUUGUUAGAAUCUCAUAAUCGUUUCAAAGCUGAGCUGGAACAACGUGCCACAUCUGUGAAAUUAAUACAUCAAGCUGCCAGUGAUUUAAUGAAUAAAGCUUCAUCUACUACUGACUCUGGAGCUGGUUCAUCAGCUAGCAAUCAAGCUGAUGUGUUUGCUAUGCAAGCUCAAUUAAAUCAUUUAUCUAAAAUAUGGGAUCGUGUACAGAAUUUAACUCAACGUCGAAGUGAACGAUUGGAUCAUGCAUUAAAAAUGGCGCAGCAAUUUCAGGAUACAUGUCGAAGUUUAAUGGAUUAUUUUGCUGGCGCAGAACGUGUUAUUCAUCGUUUGGCUGCUUUACCCACCUUUGAUGAUGAUGGCGAACUGGAAAUUGAAAUUGCUGGCACUAACAAUCCACCAACUAAUUUAACAGAUGCAAUUACAGCUCAUCGACAAACACAUUCUAAUUUAAUGAAUCAAGCUGAUCGAGUUGAAGCUGCUUUACAAUUAGGAAAUAAACUUUUAUCUCAAGCUCAUCCAGCAGCUGUGAAACGUUUACGUCAAUGGGUUAAUACUAUUCGUACACGAUGGGAGGAGUUAACUUCAUGGUCUGAACAACGUGGAGAUCGUUUGCGAGAAGCUUUAGAAGAACAGAAUAAACGUAAACUUCAACGUGAAGAACUCAUGCACUGGAUACAUGUAAAAACGAGUGAACUAAAAAGUAUUCCAACAUCAAUACCGAUAUCAUCAUUGUCAUCUUCAUCGACUAAUUUACAAUCAGCUAAGAGUAAACUAGACUCAAAUGAUUCAAAAUCAAUAGACUCCAAAGACUUAUUUUCCAUAACUCAAGAACGUAUUGCUAUAUCAACUAUUACUUCUUUAGUUCGCCAACCUAACGUUGUUGUCAAUAGUAAUAGUAGUAUAAAUAGUAAAGAUUUAAAACAACCUGAAAUUCUUACUGAUUUUACAACAGUUUUAAAUGAAAUAACCGAUUCAAAAAUCAUUGAACAAUUACUCAAUCUACAUAGUCAUUUAGAAGAAGAAGUGAAACAAAAACAACCUAUUUAUGAAAAUAUUAUAAAACAUGCUAAACGACGUACACCAGUUAAAUCAUCUCAUAAUAUUAAUAAUAAUAAUCGCCGAAGUCGUUUACCAAUACGACCCAGUGGUAAUCUAUUCAACCGUUCUAUUAAUACACCAAAUCAACAACAUAAUCCAUCUAUAUCAGUUUUCACUUCACCGAAUAUUAAUCAAUUAUAUUUAAAUUGGAGAGAAUUAUGGAUUGCAAUGUUAACACGUAAAUCCCAAUUAAAUGAACGUUUAGCUUAUUUAAAUGAAGUGGAAAAAAUGAAAGAUUUUCAUUUUGAAUCAUGGCGUCAACGUUAUGUUUCAUGGUUAAGUACAAAUAAAGCACGUGUUAUUGAUUUAUUUCAUCGUAAAGAUCGUGAUCGAGAUGGUCGACUUACAAGAGCUGAAUUUAUUGAUGGUAUAAUAGAAAUGAAAUUCCAAACAAGUCGUGUUGAAAUGGAAACAGUUGCAGAUAUAUUCGAUGCUAAUGGAGAUGGAUAUAUUGAUUAUCGUGAAUGUUUAAAUGCACUAAGAGCUAAUUAUAGUAAUUUGGAUAGAACAUCAUCAUCGAAUACUAAUGGUGGUAGUUCAUUAAGUUUAAAUCGUUUCGGUCCAUCGGAUGAAGAAACCAUUAAUGAUGAAUUAAAACGUCAAGUUGGAUUGUGUACAUGUCAUAACACAUAUAAAAUUAAGAAAAUGGCAACAAAUAAAUAUCGGUUCGGUGACUCACAAAAAUUAUGUCUAGUUCGCAUCCUUCGUAGUGCUGUAAUGGUUCGUGUAGGUGGUGGUUGGGUGACACUGGACGAAUUUUUAGUUAAAAAUGAUCCAUGUCGAGCUCCUCAAUGGAAACCGAUUGGUGAUUUUAAUGAAGAUUUACACAGUUCAUCUGAUUGUGCAAUCGCACCAAUCACACCUAUAUUGGCAACGCUUCAGCGUAAAUCCUCUUCCUUCGCCCAUCGUCUACGAUCAUCACCAACAUCACAAUAUAGUACAACGUCAGCCAGUUCAUAUGCAUCAUUACCUACAUCAAAUCAUGAUUUGAAUGUAGUUAAAAAUAACGAUGAAAAUGAUAAUACUAUCACUGAUAACACUAAUGCUAAUAGUAAUAAUAUUAAGUAUCGUCAUGAUCGACAGGCGAUAAUACCAUCUCGUCAUUCUGCUGCUUCAUUAUCUCAACCUCAUAGAAAUAGUAUGCAUGGUGAAACAAUUUAUGAAAAAAGUGUAGAUGAUAAUUUACAUCAAAGGCGUGCUUCAGCAAUUUGUAUACCUUCCAUAAGUAACACAACACCAACAUUUUCCAAAGAAUUCAAUAACAAACAAUCUGGUGUCAUUCAAUCUGAACAUUUACCUCAAAUAAGUAAAACAAUGUCUAAAUCUCAACUUUCUACAUCCUCACCUAGAAAUGAUUCAUUACCAACUGAUUCUAAUUUAAUUCAAUCCAAUACGAAAACAAAUAAAGAUUCUGUAACUAUGCCCGGUUCAACUUGUAAUAAUUCACGUAUAGAUAUGUUAUCAAAAUCUAAAAUUCCUUUAUUACAAUCUAAUCUAAACACUGACAAUUCAAACUAUCAACAAUCGACAGAAUUAAUAGACGUUACCGCGGAUGCUGACACCACAAAUGAUAAUAAUGAUAAUAAUAAUAGAUCUAUGUGAAAAACUGUUUAUUAGUUGUUUAUUUUAAUUCAACUAAAUGUGUAUAUCAAAAUUCACCUAAACCACUUAAAAAUGGUUACUUUCGUUAAUUUAUUUUCGAAUUUGUUUUCUUUUAUUUCAUCACAUUAUCAUUUAUUUUAUUGGAAGUAGAGUUUAUUAUUUAUUGUGUGCUGUAUUAUUCUUUUUUUUCUUUUUUCUUCCUCCUUUUUUAUUUAUUUUGCUUUACACAUCACAGAUUUGAAGAUAAGAUCUACUUACUUAUUGUAUAAAUAAAUAAGAAUAUUAGAUAUGUGCACUUGAAAAAUUGCCUUUAUGCAACAAACGCCCUUUUUUUCUUCAUAUAAUUUUAUUAAAUAUCUAAAAGUUCACUUCAAUUUCUUCUUUUACACUCUUUGUUCCGAAUGACGUAGCAACAACAAUAACAACAACAAUUGCAAAAACAUUUACAUAUCGUUUUUAAAAAAAAAGUGUCUACAAAAGUGAUUUCUAGAUUUUAUGUAUUUUAUUAUUGGGAAUGGGUUAAUUAUUUAAUCAAUUGAAUGAAUAGGUCAAAGAGGCGGUAUGCGGUGAAUGGGCAGUGGUUAGAUCAAUCAAACAGCGUUGUUGUCAUAUUUGUCUUUAUCAAUUCUAAUAUUAUAUUAUUUACAUACAGCUGCCAUUAUUUUUGUGCUAAUAACUUUUAUUGUAUCUACUUACGAAUUCAAGUUAAUUCUUGUUAUUUUAUUUGUUCUUAUGAAUAUUUUAUCUUGUGCUCUUUUAUUUAUCUCUUUUUAUUUGUGUGAUGAACUAUUUAGUUAUUCUGUAUUUCUCAUUAUCUUUGUGUUUUCCGAGAUUCCUUCAUACGCUUGUAUCAUUCAAUUUCUGUUGUAAAAAAAAGUUCUCUUAUUGUUAUUAUUCAUUGUCAGCUUAUAUGAAAAUAGAAAUACAUCUAUAUUAAUGAUGUCUAU